AUGUUGAAUUCGACGGUUGCUCCGCGAAUUGUCGUCGGACUUGCUCUAUGUUUCUGUUGCGCAACGGCUGAACGAACAGGUAAGUGGGAUAGGUUGUGGACGGCAGUUUUUGGCGUUUUUAUUGUAACCGUUUUUUUUGGUUUUAAAACUGCGUAUGUCCUUGAGAUUCAACGCUCGUACUUUCGUGUAUUUUGAAAUAAUUCUCGUACUGUAAUCGUAUUUUACAUAAUUGCAAAACUUUUUCCUUCAUCCUUCGGUGCGGUUUACAGUCGUACCCAAGAUUCAGUAAUUCUGCAGCGACUCACAAUUAUGAGCAGUGAAUAAAAUGAACUUUUUUGGCUUUUCUUUGUUAUUCCGACAGUAAAUUUUCUGUUUGUGCUCUGCGCGUUCAACGGAAGAAAUGAGACACUUAGAUUUAGCAUUUUUUCAACCUAUAACACUGAUUCUAUAACACUGAAAAGUCGAAAAAAAAUGUGGCGCUUUUUUUGAAUUUUGACAGAAAAAUUUUCAUGCCUAUUCCCCCAAAAAUAAUUUUUUCCACACAAAACUUCCAAAGAUAUGGCUAAAAUUUUUUUCUCUGCUGCUUUUCAACUCAUACACUAAUGCGUUAUUUUUUCAUUAGUCUCCCUCACCUGCACACCUGAUCUCAUGCAACUCACAAUGACGUUCGAAAGCAAGUUCAACGGUCGCAUUACGGUCCUCCCACACAGGGAAUGCGAACUCAGAGGCGAGGGGAAACGUCUAAUUUUGUUUCCAAUCGCCUUCCAGUCUUCAGUCGCAGAUCAAUGCUUCCUGAACAAGGUAACCAUUACUCGCCUCCCACGAAAACACAAGCUGCAAUUUUUCAGCUAAACAACGACUACGUUGGAUUGCUAGAGAUCCGAAACCACAAGACGUUGGUGCUUGCCAAUGAUGUUAGCUACUUGGUUCGAUGUCCAGUUCAUGUAAUGCCACCUCCUUCGGUUCAUCCUGGCUUUGACAGGUAAUAAUAUGACUUGAAAUGAUAAUUACGAUAUCCUUGGAUGUUUGGGCCGUUGAAUACAAGUUCUAAAUUCAUGGCAAACCCAUUUUAGCCCUCCAAUCCGAGCUCAACUUUUUAUCCAUCCAAAAAACGAGCCGCUGGAUUUGGAAAUGGCCGGCAUUCCAUUGGAAAUGGUCGUCGGCAAGGCGUACAAGAUUACAAUCCCCGUAAACGAAGGUAUGUUGUGUAAUGCGACUACAGACUCCAAUUUCGCCACUAGCCAAUAACGUUUUUCGAAUUCAGGUGUUGAAAACCAGGUGCGAAUGGGUCAGUGCAUAAUAUUUCCGGUCGGGGAAUAUGAAAGGAUCAUCGAGCUGACAGAUACGGUAAGCAUUUUGUUUUGACCUUGUUGGUCUCGAAUGACGUCACGGACAAUACUAGUCGCGGCAAAAAGUCCUUAGAAUUUUCUGCGACUCCGCACUGUGCAUGAACCCGAAAAGUGCUUUUGCACAGUGCAAUUUUCUUGUUUUUGCCUUAUUGUCGCGCGCGAUUCCCGCGACAAAUCAACAUUUCGAGGUGCGAUGAGAUUUGGGGGCCGCGAAAAAUUCUAAGGACUUUUUGCCGCGACUAGUAAAAGCCGUCAUUUUUUGAAGCAACAUGAACAGUUUGUCAAAAAAGAAUGGUUGAACUGCAGGUUUCAAAAUUGAGUCUUUAGAACGGGUGCGUGAAAAACAUCAACUUCGCCAAGGACUUCCACUGGAUCAGAGGCGAGUUCGGUUGGGCGCUGCAAACGGAAUUCGAGAUGUUCGGCGUGGGCCUUGAGAACUUUGCAAUUCAAUGCGAACUGAAGCGAUGUUUCGGAGCCUGCGAGCCGGUAGGUCGUUCGCGAAAAUGCCAUGGGAUAUACCGCGGCGCAUCUUUGAUCCGAAACCCGAGCAUUGUGGGAGUUCCCGCGAAAAGUUUAUCCUGCCGCAACAUUUCCUAACACGAGAAAUAAUUUAUUUACACGCUAAGGUACUAUUAUAUGAUAAGUUAGCACAAUAUGGAAGGGAAACAAAACUUUAUGCCAUCCAUCAUAAACACAGAACGACGACAAAUGGGUGGGAAACCGAGAGAUCGUUGA